AUGUAUCGCACUGACACCCAUCACCACAAUGGGUACAUUGACUACGCAUACAAUCGGGGGGGGGGGGAGGAGGCGACGUCGCAGGGACACAACAACACGGGUUGUAAUUCAGACCCGAUUGUGGUAACAGUGCCUGGAGAUGAUGUCAUUCUACUAUGUCCGGCUCCUUAUCCCUCCAUCAGAGCUGUAGAGUGGAUUAGAGCUGACCUGGAGCCAGAUAACGUCUUCUUAUACAGAGAUGGACACUUGAAUACAACCAACCAGCAUCCAUCCUUUAAGGACAGGGUGGAGCUGGUGGACAGAGAUCUGAAGGACGGAGACGUGUCUUUAACUCUGAAGAAUGUGAGCAGACACGACAACGGGACAUACGAGUGUAGACUUAUAAUCGGUGGUUAUGACCCAUUCAUAACCAUGAUAACCAUCCGUCUGCAGAUUACAGACCUGAUUGUGGUAACAGUGCAUCCUGGAGAUGAUGUCAUUCUACCAUGUCAGGCUGAUGGUUCCCCCAUCAGCUUUGCAGAGUGGACCAGACCUGACCUGGAGCCAGAAUAUGUCCUCUUAUACAGAGAUGAACGCUUGGAUACAGACUACCAGAAUCCAUCCUUUAAGGACAGGGUGGAGCUGGUGGACAGAGAUCUGAAGGACAGAGACGUGUCUUUAAUUCUGAAGAAUGUGAGAAGCAUCGACGCUGGAACAUACAGGUGUGGAGUUAUAAUCGGUGAUACUGACCCAAUGAGAACCAUCAGAACCAUCAGCAUCAUCCGUCUGCAGGUUACAGACCUGAUUGAGGUACCAGUGCAUCCUGGAGAUGAUGUCAUUCUACCAUGUCAGGCUGCUGAUUCCUCCAUCAGAGCUGUAGAGUGGACCAGACCUGACCUGGAGCCACCAGAGUACGUCCUCUAUUACAGCGAUGGACACCUGGAUCCAACCUACCAGCAUCCAUCCUUUGAGGACAGGGUGGAGCUGGUGGACAGAGAUCUGAAGGACGGAGACGUGUCUUUAACUCUGAAGAAUGUGAGCAGACACGAUGCUGGAAUAUAUGAGUGUCGAGUUGCAUCAGGUGGUUUCAGACGUAAAAAGAGAUCCGUCAUCAACUCUGAGCCAAUCAGAAUCCUCCGUCUGCAGGUUCCAGAUCCAGCAGGAUCAAACAGCGGACACUCUGAGGAUAUAAACUCCUCUCCUGGAGGCUCAUAUGUUGGACUGACAGCAGCUGUUCUGGUUCUUGUAGCUGCUGCAGUGGUUGGUGUCCUGAUGUAUAAAAGACACCAGAUUGUGGUAACAGUGCAUCCUGGAGAUGAUGUCACUCUGUCAUGUCAGGCUGCUGGUUCCUCCAUCAGUGUUGUAAAGUGGAGCAGACCUGACCUGGAGCCAGAUACCGUCUUCUUCUACAUCGAUGGACACUUGGAGACAGACGUCCAGAAUCCAUCCUUUAAGGACAGGGUGGAGCUGGUGGACAGAGAUCUGAAGGACGGAGACGCGUCUUUAAUUCUGAAGAAUGUGAGCAGACACGACACUGGGACAUACACGUGUGGAGUUAAAACCGAUGAUUCAAGACGGAAAAAGAGAGACACCAACUCUGACCUAAUCAGACCCAUCAGAACCGUCCGUCUGCAGGUUCCAGAGCGAGGUUCUGAGGAUGUAAACUCCUCUCCUGGAGGCCGAGACGGUGGACUGGUAGCAGGUGUUCUGGUUGUUCUGGUUCUUGUAGCUGCUGCAGUGGGUGGUGUCCUGAUGUAUAGAAGACGUCAGAAGAAGAGACCAGGACCACCUGCUGCAUCACCCGACCUGACUGUAACAGUGUAUCCUGGAGAUGAUGUCAUUCUACCAUGUCAGGCUGCUGGUUCCUCCAUCAGAACUCUAAAGUGGACCAGAGAGGACCUGGAUCCAGAUACCGUCCUCUUAUACAGAGAUGGACGCUUGGAACUAGACCACCAGCAUCCAUCCUUUGAGGACAGGGUGGAGCUGGUGGACAGAGAUCUGAAGGACGGAGACGUGUCUUUAAUUCUGAAGAAUGUGAGCAGACACGACACUGGAACAUACGAGUGUCGAGUUAAAACUGGUGAUACUGACCUAAUCAGAACCAUCAGAACCGUCCGUCUGCAGGUUCCAGACCUGUUUGAUCCAGGUGUUUCCUAA